AUUUACCUCAAUAUAAAAUUGACCUUGUCUUUGCUGCGUUGUUUGAUUUUAAGACGUUUGACAUCAAAAAGAAAACGUUGUCAGCUUUGUUUCCUCAGUUACUUCACAACAGAAACCGUGAUAACCUGUUCAUGGUUAAUAAUACAUUUAUGAAGGACGAUGAAAACAUUGAUUUUUUUAUAUAUAUAUCUGUGAUAUACAGUAGUUUUAUAACGUUGGUGACAGUAUAAUCCGACUUGUAGCUAUGUUUUAUCUACACGGUUGUAAAGCCUUCACUUUUCUCUUGAAUAUUUCAUCCAUGUUUAUGUUUGUUAUUCGUGUAUUGUUUUGGGGUAAAUUAGCAUUUGCCAGUUUCUGUUUUUCUUAGCACUGUCUUUAGCUACUUCACAACAGUGACUGCAGCGACCUCACCUUUACCGGAUGUGACGAAUGGCUCAAUUAUCAUAAUACAUUCUGAUGUCACGCCUCUGGUCUUCCACCAAUCAGCGCCCUUCACUUUCACCACCUGCUAGGAACUGAAUUCCAUCAUUCCAGGCAUUCCUUCCCUCCUCCUCCCUCCUUCACUCCUUCCUCCUCGUUUACAACCUAAGUUUGUCCGGCGGCUCUGAUACUGUCGUCUUACGUCGUCUUCGCACCACACUCUUCAGCCGCGGACUAUCAACCAGUUGUUUGUUUGUUUUGUUUUUCCGGUCCACUUUUGGUUUUCUGUGUGUGGACACCACCAGACUGGAGGACAACAAGGUGGCGCUAAAAGGAGCAUCCAAGCAUGGAGACGCCAUUGGAUGUUCUGUCAAGAGCAGCGUUGUUUGUUCACGCCAGUGAAGAAGAGAGUGAAGCGGCUCUGAGGGCUGACCCCAGACUCCAGUCCCUGUCCUUGUCCUCAUCCUCGUCGUCUUCUUCCUCCUCCUCUUCCAUCUCCAGCCACAGGACAGGGCCUCCUCCCAUCAGCCCUACCAAAAGGAAGCUGAAUGGAGAGCAGGGAGACAGUGACAUGGAGGAUAACGAGCACGUGGCCAAAAUGAGUCGACUGUUUGCUGCACAGCUAAAACCUAGCGGAGACUAUCGCAGCUCUCCAAUGUCCAAGGACCUGAGCCGGAGUCCUGUUGAACGAGUGGUGAUGCACGGCAGCCUGGGCGUCCACAGCAGCCACCUGUAUGGUCACGGCCACCUCCACCACCACCUGGUCAUGGAGCAGCCACUGGCUCUUACCAAAAACAGCAUGGCUGAGUCGGCACGGAGCAGCACAGCAGCACUGACCACAGUGGCUCACACAGUCAGUGCUGUGGAGCGCCAGCAGAAUCGUCCCUCAGUGAUCACCUGUGCUCCCGCCAACAAUCGCAACUGCAACCUGUCUCACUGUCCUGUCUCCCACAACGGCUGCUCCAGCCUCACUAACUACAGGAGAACCAACACCAACACGGCCUGUGAUCCAGUGAUUGAAGAACAUUUUCGCCGCAGUCUGGGGAAGAACUACAAAGAACCUGAACCCGCAGCCACCAACUCUGUGUCCAUCACCGGCUCAGUGGACGACCACUUCGCCAAAGCCCUGGGCGAGACCUGGUUGCAGAUUAAGAACAAGGGGAGCCCCUCCUCCUCUGGCAGCAGCCCUAACUCCUCCCCUGACAAUCACAUGAUCAACCACAACCACUCCCCCUCUGUGCUCUCCUGAAAGGGGGAGGCAAGGCAAAUUCUAGAAGUCUCUGCCUCAAUUACCCCAGCACUCCCAGUAACCCCCGUUCCAGCGUCCAGACUCUCUUCACUUCUGGUCUGUCAGCAGCAUCUCAGAGGCAGCGCCUGCUGCUGGUCUGCUGCAGACACACACACAAAUGUUUCACAGCGUUUCACAGCGUUGGAGCUCCUUCUUCCUGUGCAAAACACAGAACUGAAUAAGCAAUAAUGGACUUUGUCUUCGUCUUUUAUACUCUGGUUCAAUCAUGUUGGCCAGGAAGACAAAUUAGUGAUGACGAUGAUGACACGCAACCCUGAGACGACUGACCGAAGCAAUUAGGCUGCUAUUCACUCGUUCGUUCACUCGUUCGUUCAUUCACUCGUUCGUUCGUUUGUUCGUUCAUUCGUUCAUUCACUCUUUCAUUUAUUCACUCCUUCAUUCACCCCUGCUUACAGAGCCUGGAGUUGAGGUUGGUGUAGUUUUAUGUACAUAGGUCCGAGGAAGCUGGUGUUUAAUAAUGUUUUAUAACAGUAGUGGUAAAGAAACUUCAGAGGUUAGAAAAUGAUGAGGAAGAAUUCAAAACAGACAACCACCUGACUGUGCUACCAAAGAAACCUCAUCUAGAUCCCCCGCCCCCCCACCCCCGGGACUUUGUGGAGGUGAUUUUCCCUACUGUGUGUUUGUACUUAAGUCAUAGACAUCGUCUGAAUUGCACUACUGCCACAGAGGGUGAAAGGCUGCCAUGUUCAUAAUCCAGUCAGCCACCAGACACAGAUGAAGACGACGUGUUCACACCCUUCCUCUGACGCCUGCUUCAAAUUUAAAUCAAAUAUUUAUUACAUCUAAAGAGUGGAAGACGAAACAGAUUUAACAAUAUCUGCACUUCCUUCUGUCAGCUGAAGACAACGUAUGUAGUCCUACCACAGCAACAUCAACACUGACUGACCCCCCGACCUCCAGCCUCUAGUGGCUCCACUGUGGAAAUGUGCAAAAUGGAAGUGUGGAGUUAAUUUCUAAGCAGCACAGUCAGGUGUGUGUGUGUUGGGGGGGGGGGGGGGUGUUGGGGGGGCGGC